UGACGAAUUUGAGAAGUGUCAGCGAAGCUAGUUGAACGGAAGAGGACACCAGUGGAGGGCAUUCCAUGUAAUGCUAAAUCAGUAAACUGUUGUCGUUAAAAGUUUGUCAUUACCUAUUCGGAAAUGUUUUCUCUUUCAACCUGCCUUCAGCCACAGGUAACAGUCCAGUUAAGUCACCUCAUCAAUGCCCUGCACUCUUUGAGGGGUUCAGUGAGCAGCAGUACAUCAGCCAAUCACAAGCACAAAGAAAACACACCUGAACCAGAACAGAACUGCACAGAGCCAUCAUGGAACCUUAAAGAUUUAGGUGUGACAGAUCUAGGGAUCGAUCAGCUGAAUGAUCUGGUGGACAGGCUUCUGCCCCGUGUUACUUGCCAUGAAUCUUCACCAUUAAGGACUCUCCCAAAUAUCUGGAGUACCUCCCAUCUCUCUUCAGAUUCCUUCUUUCUCAACAAACAUGGUUUUUCAAAGAUGGGUGGUGUUACUUCUGUGUUUUCUAGACAUAACAAAUCGCCUCUCCAAACACUGAGUACAGACCUCACAUAUUUUCCAUUGUUGGUCCCAAAUCGAGGCUUUAAAACUCUAAAGUCCAGAACAAGGCGGCUGCAGGGUGGCUUUGACAGUCCAGUGGAGCCUGAGGGAUUUACACCAUCAUUUAUGAAGGGCUUCCUCACACGAGACAAAGGGCCAGAUGUUGAAACUUUAGACAAGCUCCUUAAAAACAAAAACAUUCCUGAAGGUCAACAUGAUGCUUUUAAAACUGGUUUUGCAGAAGGCUUCCUUAAAGCUCAGGCCCUUACACAGAGAACACAAGAAUCAUUGAGGAGGACGCGACUGAUUCUGUUGGUGCUCUUGCUGGUCGGCCUUUAUGGGCUCUCAAAAACACCUUUCUUGUCAGUGCGAUUCCGAACCACAUCAGGCCUGGACUCAGCAGUGGAUCCGGUCCAGAUGAAGAACGUCACUUUUGAGCAUGUGAAGGGUGCUGAGGAGGCCAAGAACGAGCUUCAGGAGGUGGUGGAGUUUCUCCGGAACCCACAGAAGUUUACAGUUUUAGGUGGAAAGCUUCCAAAAGGUAUUUUGUUGGUUGGGCCUCCGGGUACAGGAAAGACACUGCUGGCCCGUGCUGUGGCAGGUGAGGCAGAUGUGCCCUUCUACUAUGCGUCUGGCUCUGAGUUCGAUGAGAUGUUUGUUGGUGUCGGUGCCAGUCGAAUCAGAAACCUUUUCAGAGAGGCUAAAAGUAAUGCUCCUUGUGUCAUCUUCAUUGAUGAGCUGGAUAGUGUUGGAGGCAAGAGGAUUGAGUCUCCCAUGCACCCCUAUUCUCGACAGACUAUUAAUCAACUUCUAGCUGAGAUGGAUGGGUUUAAGCCUAAUGAAGGUGUCAUCAUAAUUGGUGCAACAAACUUUCCUGAAGCUUUAGAUAACGCUCUUAUUCGGCCAGGCCGCUUCGAUAUGCAGGUCACCGUCCCCAGACCGGAUGUGAAAGGCCGCACUGAAAUUCUCAAGUGGUACCUCAAGAAAAUUAAAGUAGACACAGCUGUGGAGGCUGAAGUCAUUGCGCGAGGAACGGUAGGGUUUUCUGGUGCUGACCUGGAGAAUCUUGUUAAUCAGGCCGCGCUGAAGGCAGCUGUGGAUGGUAAAGACAUGGUGACCAUGAAGGAGCUGGAGUUUGCCAAAGACAAAAUACUGAUGGGUCCAGAGCGCAAGAGUGCAGAGAUCGAUGAGAAGAACAAAGAGAUUACAGCGUACCAUGAGUCAGGACAUGCCAUUAUUGCAUACUACACCAAAGGCGCCAUGCCUAUAAAUAAAGCCACUAUUAUGCCAAGAGGCCCCACUUUAGGUCAUGUGUCAAUGCUUCCAGAGAAUGACCGCUGGAGCGAGACACGUGCACAGCUACUGGCUCAAAUGGAUGUCAGCAUGGGUGGCCGAGUGGCUGAGGAGCUCAUCUUUGGCAAUGAGAAUAUCACCACUGGUGCAUCAAGUGAUUUUGACAGUGCUACAAAAAUAGCCAAAAUGAUGGUGACCAGAUUCGGCAUGAGUGAAAAGUUGGGUGUUAUGACGUACACUGACCUCACCAAACAGAGCCCAGAAACACAGGCAGCCAUUGAGCAUGAAGUCAGGAUACUUCUGAGGGAUUCAUACGAGCGUGCUAAAGUGCUCCUGAAGUCUCAUGCAAAAGAGCACAAAAAUCUGGCAGAGGCUUUAUUAAAGUAUGAGACAUUGGAUGCCAAAGAGAUUCGAAUGGUCUUGGAGGGAAAGGCGAUCGAGAGCAGAUGAGAGCUCACCAGGAUUGUCAGGCAGUUGCGUGAGAACAAUGGACCCUUGCAAGACAUACAUGUACAUAUGCAACCACAUGAGCUUGGUAGGUCUGCAUUUCCCAUUGAUUGAAUUGUGUCCUUUUUAUAAUUUCUAAAUAUUUGCUUUACGUACUCAUAAAAAAGUAAACCGGGAUUGUUUUCUUCCAACGCCUGAAUAAUGUGGUUAUCUGUAUUAUUCAGCAUCUAUUUCACUGUACCAUUGACUGUUGUAAUGCCUUAUGUGGCACUUAAGUGAAGCAGAAGCUGAUUUUGCAUAAAUCCUUAGGCUGUAAGUUUACCACAAGUAAGUAACUGCUGCUGUUCACCUUGUCUGAGCCGGACUGAGUAUCUUUCAUGGUGGCCUUUGAGAAAUGUAAGGGAAUAAAGUUUUUUUCAAUAAGGAGUAUGAAAUGUUUCAAGCCUUUGGUACUGGAAUAUUUGUUUCAUUCACAAAUUAAUUCGGUUCUAAAUCUCACUGUCAUUCGAUAAACCUCAUAUUGUUCUGAAUAUGUCCCCAAAAUAAUUCAAAAUGCCAAAUUAACUCCUAAACUAAAUGUGUUUAAUCAUGUUUUACACACAAAUCAUGUUAUAGAAUCUCAUCAGGUCAAUUCUUGAACACAGAUUAUUCCUGAUCCUCUUCUUGAAGCGUUUCAGUAUGAAAUCCUCAUUGACCCUGCCUUUAAUGUAGUGAAGUGAAAGCUAUACAUUGUAGCUCUCAUUUAAGUCAACCUUUAAUUUAAGCAUUUACAAAACGGGCACAAUUUUUUCAAACCCCUUCUAAAAAUCAGAGUUGUUUUAUUCUAUACAUGUGUUAUUUAUUCAUGUACAAUAGCUCUGCAUCUACGAGUUAACUUUGACUCCAUGUAUGUUUGCCUUUUAUCCAAGCUUAUUUUAGUUGUGUAUACAAUACAUAUUUAUGAUCAAUAAAACUAAACAGGGACAUUGUAUCGUUGUAUAUAAGUGUAUAGAUUGAUUUUAGUCUUGCCUGGUUUGUAAUUUUGAAAUAUGUUUUCUUUUGAUGCUGUUGCACAUUAAAGAUUGAAUGGGCUGAACUAAAUAAAGCAAUAUAUACCACA